CUCUUUCUUUCUCCUUUGCUCUCGAUCGCAACGCAUCUCCCCCUUCUCCACCUCCCCACUUCCCUCCUCGCCUGCUCGCCGUGGCUUCGGCCACUGAAAUUCAAGCUUAGAUCUCGAAGAAGCUUCGAUGGAGCUGGAGAAGCCGAGCUCAGAAGUGGAGGAGAAUGCCUGCGGAGAAGCGGCGUCGGAGCCUCCUCCCUCCACCUCCUCCUCCGCGGUGGAGGAGGGGAUUCCGACUGUGGAUCGAGGACACUGGGGAGUGGAGAAGGGUGGGCCGCCGCUACUCGAUCCUUCCUCUGCGAGUACUGACGGUCGGUUGUGCUCGCAGGACCUGGCGGGGGCCGCGGCCUCAUCGGAAGAAAAUCCCCGCUCAGCGCCUAUCGUGACAGUCCCUGUGGUCUCCGUUCCUUGCAUCUUGGCCCCGGUCUCUUUGGCCGAGUCUCAUGAGUCCCAGGGGUUCGUGCGGCAGCUUGCAAUGGCCCAUCAAAAUGUUUUGGCUACUGUCACAGUGCAAAAACAGAUGGAACUACAAGGACCAUGGCCAUCUGCAUUGAACUCAUCUACAACUAUGCUAUCUACUUUUGUCAACCCCAUGCCAUUACAACAAGUGCCCCCACCAACACCCAAGAAUUGUUAUGGAGAUGCUUAUAACUGGAGAAAAUAUGGGCAGAAGCAAGUGAAGAGUAGUGAGAAUGCAAGAAGCUAUUAUCGAUGCACAGAUUCCAAUUGCUCAGUUAAGAAGAAGGUUGUACAUUGCCCGGAUGGUGCUAUUAUUGAAGUAAUAUAUAGAGGUAAACACAACCACGACCCACCUCAAAAGCAUAGGUACAUAAGAGAUAGAGGACUUCAAUCUGGUGAAAUCCCUUUUGAAAGUCAAAAUUUUGAAAAACCAAACACUGAACCUGGCAAACCAGAUCCUCCUUCUAUGACUGAACAGAAUCUUAGCACUGAAACUUCUAAACAACAGCUGUACUGCUCUAGUGAUUGUGAAUUUGAUGCUGGGACUAAGAGUGAAGAAGAUAUUUAUGAUGAAUCAGAUCCAAAGCGAAGGCUUAGUGAAAAUUCUAACUGUUCAUCCACACCAAUUCAAAAAACAAUUCGUGAAUACGUCGUACAGACAGAGAUUGAUGCAAGACAUUUGAAUGAUGGAUAUAGGUGGCGCAAAUAUGGACAAAAGUUUGUAAAGGGAAAUAGUAAUCCAAGAAGCUACUAUAGGUGCACUCAUAGUGGUUGUCCUGUUCGUAAGCACGUCGAGAGAUCAUCACAUGAUGCAAAAUCUCUUCUUAUCACUUAUGAGGGCGAGCACAAUCACCCUCAGCCAUCAAAAUACACUAAUGUGUCAUCAUCGACUGCUAUUAAAGUUGCCACAGCUGUUGCUGAUGAACACCUUGGCACAUCCCCCAUUUCUGGAAAAAGUUUGUCUGCCAAGUCACCUCAGAAUACCAAAGCGGAGAAAGCAAAUAGGGGUUCAAAAUUUGAACUCGGGGAUGAUCGGGCAUUGGAAUCAACUCAAGCCCAUCUAAAUACUGCAGUUGAAGAAGAAGCUGCUGAUAUGAAUCGCGAAAAUGGAGGUGAUCCAGCACCGGAAUCUGCUCAAGCUCUUCUGAGCAUGGAAUUCAACUCAUCCUCAGGAGAUAGCAGCGGCAUGAAUAGCUCUGAAGGCAUCAAAAGCUCCAUGAUUAACAAAACUUCAGCUUCAGUGUCUAUUCAAAGCACCUAAAUCAAUAUACUUACUGCAAUUUUGACGCAUGCGCUUUAUUUAACUUUUCUAGAGAUUUGUUGUAAUUGCAUCUGUAUAGUCUUUCAAUGACGUCCCUCAUUUAACAUUAGUUGGCAAUGUCUCAUACUCCAAUUAUCAGGGUUAACUUUGAUCUGUAAAAAUUUCUCUAAUUAUUAAUCCUGUUACUAACUUUAA